GCCGCUAAAGUCCAGCAGUCCAGUUUCGGAUACAGAUACACCGAUUCCAAAAUCCAGAUUGAGAUUCAGAUUCGAUUUUGAGUUUCAGUUUUCAGUUCCAGUUCCAACAUCCAGUUUUCCAGUCGAAUAGCUAGAGGACCAGGAUCGGGAUUUAAUUUAAAAAAAAUAUAUUAAAAAAAAAGCACAAAGCUAGUCAAAAUGUCGCAGCCAUUAAAGUUCUACUUUGAUUUCCUCAACCAAUCCAGUCGAGCUCUGUAUAUCCUUCUGGAGGCAUCCAAAAUUCCCUUCGAAGCGAUACCCAUAUCCAUGCUCAAAGGCGAACACCUGACGGGAGAGUUCCGGGACAAGGUGAACCGGUUCCGUAAGUUGCCGGCCAUCACGGAUCACGGCUAUCAGUUGUCCGAGAACUCGGCCAUUUUCCGGCAUCUGUCCAGGGAGAAGCUGGUGCCGGAGCACUGGUAUCCCAGGCGUCAUCUGGGACGUAGUCGGAUCGACGAAUACCUGGCCUGGCAGCAGAGCAACAUGGGUGUGGCCACCACAGAGUACUUCCAGCAGAAGUGGCUCGUACCAUAUCUCCAGAAGACUCGCCCCUCCGAUAAUGCGGUGAAUGUGGCUGGAAAGCAACUGGAGCAUACCCUCAACGAAUUCGAGCAGCUUUUCCUCAACUCCCGCAAGUUCAUGCUGGGUGAUAAUAUAUCCUUUGCGGAUCUCAGUGCCAUUUGUGAAAUAGAUCAGCCCAAAUCCAUCGGCUAUAAUGCCUUCCAGAACCGCAACAAGCUGGCCCGCUGGUACGAAGCGGUGCGCGAGGAGCUGGGACCCCACUACAAGGAGGUACUCGGGGAGUUCGAGUCCAAGCUGAAGAGGAGCGGCAGUGGUCAGGGCGUGGCCCAGGCGGUGAAACAAUAGCCCCGGGCUACUACCACUCACCUCCAGGCCCGUCCACCAAUUUUUAGUUUAGUUCCCUAAGAUCGAUUGACUUAUAAACCCAUUUAUAUAUAUUUUUUUUUGUGAUCUUUUGCUCAUUUUGGAUAACUCUCCCAUAACACUCCCUAAUAUUCUAUAUAUUUUUUUUUUACUUUCUGUAAUUGAGCGAAGAAAUCUAUAUUAUUUUUACAAAUUAUUAUAUGUAUUCUUAUAUACUUAGUGACUUAGUUGUUAACGAUGUAUCCUAAUAUUACGUAUAUUAAAUACGCUUAUGAUUGUUAAACCAACA